AUGUUGAAAGAUUGCAUUGAAUUUGCCAAAAGUUGUCAAGAAUACCAAUUGCAUGGGGGCAUACAACAUGUGUCUGCAAGUGAGAUACACACCAUUGUGAAACCUUGGCCAUUUCGAGGAUGGGCUUUGGACGUUAUAGGAGAAAUAAAGCCAGCCUCGUCGAAACAACAAAGAUUUGGCAUCCCAGAAACUAUUACAAUCGACCAGGGGUCAGUAUUCAUUGGUCGAAAGGUGCAAGAUUUUGCAAAAGAAAUGGGGAUUAAGUUACUGACAUCUACUCCCUACUACGCACAGGCAAAUGGCCAAGUUGAAGCUGCUAAUAAGGUAAUCAUUAGUUUAAUAAAGAAACACAUAGGACAGAAGCCAAGGAAUUGGCACAAGACGUUAGACCAAGCCUUAUGGGCAUGUCGAACGUCACCAAAGGAAGCAACUGGAACAACCCCAUUUCGAUUGACUUAUGGGCAUGACGCGGUAUUGCCAGUAGAAAUUCAGGUCCAGACGGUCAGGAUCCAAAGGCAGUGUGAAAUACAUUCUGAAGAUUAUUGGAGCAUGAUGACGGACGAAUUAAUCGACGUAGACGAAGAAAGAAUGCUAGCAUUAGACUCACUAUAA